UCUGAAGAUGCAAUAUUCGUGGGUAGUUCUUGGUCUGGUCAUUUAUCUGGUGGUGGCUACCGGCGGCUGUUACCUCCAUGGAAAACAGGACGACGUAGAUCAGAUACACGUGAUUCAUUUGCAGGGAUCAGAAGAAGACAAUUUGGCGGACAGCGAACAAGAAAUCAUCGAAAUUCACAUUCCAUCAGACGUAGACAGAAGAAAACGUGAGGUUGAUAGUGCUAAGAUGGAAAAGAGCUGCAAGACAGAUGCAGACUGCCUCGAGGGCUGGCGUUGCGACGAACUAUUGAUCUGUCACCCCGCGAGAACUUCAGAAAAUGGACUGCUUGAGACAUCGGAGGACACUAAUGAGACUGAAAAUGUCCUCGAAGAGGCCCCACACUCCACUCACUCCGUAAUUAUCCUCAAUAUUACAUAUGGCUCUUAA